CAAAUGUAUAUAAAUAUAUACCUUCUGAUUGACAAUGAAGUAGUAUAAUAGGGCCAUAGACUCGGAAUUUUUGCUAUUCUUGCCUGCAAAUAAAUCAGUGGACUUAGGCAUGGAAUCAAGUGAAGUCCAGCUGUAUAGUUCACCAGGAUGCACAUCAAAUGGAGACAUGCCAGGCCAGUUACAAAGUCUUAAUUUACCUGGGAAGCAACCAGACAAAUCAAGUGAAAAAGAAAAGAUUGAUCCUAGCGAAUUUUCUAAAGUUAUCAAAUCGGAUCAAUUAAGAAAUUUACACACUAAACAAACAAUCAUGGAAAUAUUUAUACGUAGAAUAUUGAAAUCUAUCAAAAGUUCAAACGAAGUCGACCAAAGCAAAACAUAUUUGAAACUAACCAAAAUGUUAGAAGUUUUAUUCUCACAAAAACAAAAUUUACAAGAUCAAAUUGGAGUGUUAGAAAAAGAAUUGAUAACAUUAAAUGAGAAAUAUCUAAAUACAUGUAAAAGUGUAGAUGAUCUAACAGCCGAGCAUUUGUCUUUAUGGAAGGAUAGCAGCCAGUUAAAAAGAGAGUUAGAAAAGAAAACGACUGAAGUUGAAAAUUUAUCGCACAAUAGAUCAACGUUACUAGAACAAUUAAAAAGUUACGGGGGCAUUAAAACAGACAAAGCAAAUAGAGAACAUGAGUUAAACUGUGUACAAUCACAAAAUAAAAAUUUACAAAGUGUAUCAAGACAAUUAGGAACCUUGUUAAGAACUAAAACGCAAGAAUGUGAAAAUUUAGAAUUCAACAAUAUACAACUACAACGAGAGGUACAAUGUAAACAAGAAGAGAAGAUAAAUUCACGUGCAAGAAUAGAGCAAUUAAUGCAUGAAAAUAAACUAUUAAAACAAGAAAUAACACAAAAUCGAGCUGAACAAGUAAAAUCUAGUUUGUCUGGUGCUGAAAUCGAUAAAAUGCGUGGAAACCUUCAACAAUUACAAAGCGAAUAUUAUAAACUCCAACAGCUUUUCACUAAGGAAAUUGAGACAAGAACACUUCUACAGAACCAACUACAAGAAGAGUAUGGGAAUUUGAAGGUUUUUUGCCGAUGUCGUUCUUCGAAUACGUCAAGUAAUCCAUGUAUACUUCAGUUUCAAUCGAUCGAUCGAAUUAUUGUACCGAUUGAUGAUGUUCAUCAGCGUCAAACAUAUGUUAAAUCAGCUAAUAAGCAUACAGUGAAUGAAAACAUAUUUACAUUUAAUCGUGUCUUUCGUCCUGACGCCAAACAACUGGAUGUAUUUGAAGAAAUUCGCCCACUUAUCGCUUCAUGCAUCCAUGGUCACAAUGUUUGCAUAAUGGCUUAUGGGCCUACUGGUUCAGGUAAAACGUAUACAAUACAAGGUUCAAUUAACGAUCCUGGUAUUGCUUUGAGAACAGUAACUGGACUGUUUGAAUUAUGUGGACCAUUACACAUACAAGUUAGCAUUGCGAUGCUUGGAAUACAUAAAGAAAUCAUCUACGAUUUACUGAGUGAAAAAACCAGACGAGUAAAAUUAUUCGAUGACAGUAGUGAUGUAAGAUUGAAUGAAGUUGAAGAAAAAAUCGUAGAUAAUGAACAAGACACUAUUUAUUGGAUAAAAAAAGGCAAUACACGACAUAAAUCGAUAUCGAAUACAUCGGAUAUCGAACCAGCACGUACACAUUACAUAAUACGUCUACAGAUCACACUACGUAAUGCACUCAAUAAGACAAAGCGUAAUUCAUCAUUAAUUUUGUGUGAUCUUGCUGGAUCAGAAAGUGCGGAACGAAAUCAAACAAAAUGUAAAGUACAGACAGAAAUCGGAUCUAUAAAUAAGUCCUUAGUAUCAUUGGCACGUGUAUUUGAAGCGCUUCGACGACGUAACAGUUCAGUAAAAUCUGGUGUACAUAAUACUAGUCUAGUAACUAUACCAUACCGUGAUUCGAAACUUACACAUUUACUAAAACCAUGUUUUGGUGGGCAGGCAAAAGUCAUUUUAAUAAUUACAAUAUCCGAUGAACCAAAUCUAAUCGAUCGUAAUUUAAAAGCUUUGGAAUUCGGACAAAAAGCAAUGGAAAUUUCUUUAGGACCAACAAGUCCAAACAGAACAAUUUUAACCAAUUGGUUUCGAAAACCAGAAGUUGAGAAGAGCUAGAAAUAGUUCAUAUUGUGCUAAUCAAGUCAAAUUUGCUUAAGGUAACCAAUUAUAAAUUAGUAAUACCUAAGUACAUUAUUUUAUUUAUUUUAUCUUUCUUCAAAACAUGGACCGGGCGCUGUCUCUUUCACCACCUUUUAUCGUACUUAUGAGCAUUAUUGAAUUAGAAUAGAUUAAUAUUUACAGUCUAUUCAAUAAACACAGCAAAUAUAGAGGUAUUACUAUAAGAACUGAGUGUGUACUUGUAACUUACGUUGAAACACAAUAAAAUUGAUGUGCAAUUUCUUCUUUAGUUCUACGCCACCGAAGACGCAGUGACUAUCACAAGAGAAAAUCGUAAAACUAACAGCAUUAUAGGCAUUACAUGUGUAAUAUGAG